AUGUAUCUGACUUCAAAACCAGACUUGGCCAAGACCGGCCUUGAUGAUGACGAGGCCAAGGGUGUUCAGAACCUCAGCGACUUGGGCGGUCCAAGUUCCUACCGGGCCUCUGGAGGCCCUUCGCAGGACUAUGUUCCCAAGCCCCGCCCCGCCAAUGAUGCCUAUGCUGGCAUGAAGACCAGCCCGAAUGGCAUCCUUCUUCCACCUGGCGCUGAGUUCAGGAUCUUCAAUAAGGCUAGUGGUAACGGUGCUGGUACCAAUGUUCUGGUCCAGGCUGUUGGAGGCAGCGAGCAGACCUAUGCUACUCAAGCGACCAGUUCUCAUACAACUGGCGCCGCCCAGGUGACAUCUGCGAUGUCUUCUCAGGGCGCUUCUGUCACCUUCAAGGGUAGUCAGCAUAACCCCGGCCAAGGAAGCGCGUCUGCUUUGCCUCCUCACCUGAGGAAGAAGCCCGCUGAGGGUGAUUCUUCUCCCUCGUCUGCCCAGACCACUCAGUCUACUAAGGCCGACAAGCAACCUGCCCAGCCUGCUCAAUCUACUCAGACCGUCAGUCCUGCACUGUCUACCCAGCCUGCUCAGGCUGCUCAGGCUGCCAAGAUGCAGACGCCAAUUGCUGCCAUUGCUCCUCCUACUACCAAGGCCUCUUUGCCCAGCGAGGGACGCAUGGAACAUGAGCAUGCAAAGGCCAACGACUCCGCUUUGCCUUCUGACAGACAGCUGUUCUCGUCUACUUGCAAGGGAAAGAUGGGAGGUCCUGGUGGAUCCUGGGAAGAUGUCAUCGUCAAACUCAAGGUCGUCUUCACCGAGAAUCGCCCCGAGGGCCACGCCAUGUUCGUCAUGGAGUACAAGGACAUUCUCACCAAGAGCCACGGUCUGGAAACUUACCGCUGCGUUUACGCAAAGGGUGUCUUGGUGAUCUGCAGCUUUAUCGACUCCUCAAACGACAAACCCCGGGAAGAGCGAUACAGCUUCAGGUUCCCAGAUGGGAGUACUGGAGUGGAGUUUAACCUUCAAUGCGACAACAUCAAGCGUGUGAUGGAGUACAUCCUGAAGCACGCCAUCCCUGCAAAGAGUGAGGCGGUCGAACCCUCGGCAAAGCAAGAGGCAGAGGCAGAGUCGCUUCCCGAGACGCCUUCGGAGAAGACGGCAGUCGGCACUCCCACCCCCGAGCCUGGUUCGAAGAUGGUUGCUGCUCCCAAGACCGACGUCGAUAAGAAUGCCUCGAAGACUACAGGCCUUGAGGAUGCCUUCGACAAGCUCGCACUUGAUAAGGUCAAGGGCUCCUCAAUGUACACGGCGGAGCGUACGGCGGAACGUAGGCAGUACAGUGCCGAACAGCUUCUCGAGAGACGUUCAUCGGCUGAGAUGCCUCCCGGCAUCAAGGAUGUCAAGAUUCCUCUGCAGAAAGACCGAGGUGGUCGAUUGCCUCCUCAUCUUCAUUUCAACCGUCGCCAGGAGGUUCCCGUCACUGCUUCUACCAUGGCUCCUGCUGGAAAAAGCGAUACUUUGGUCGAGGUUGAGAUCAACAACCAGAUGGUCCAGACGCCUAUCAAGGAGGCUCCCAUCUUCCGGGAGUCUGAGCCUGCGCAGGAGGCUCCUAUGCAGAAGCCCGAGAUUACUGAGGCAAGCGCCGCUGACGAGUCGCUGAUCUCAUUCAAGACCAGCAAGUCCGAGGUUGACUCUGCUGUCUCCAUGCAGCCCACCUCCACUGCCCCUACCGUUGAGGAUGAGACGCUCAGCACCAGCCUUUCUCAAGAGGGCGGCACCGCAGUGUCCAUGGCUGAGUCGACGGCUAAGCAGACUGACGCAGCCACCGCUGCUGAUAAGUCAGAGCAGCCAACUCCUGUCAUGCCGCCUGCGCAGGCCACUCCCCACCCGGGCUACAUUCACGGCGUCCAGGGCAUGCCUCCCCAGAUGCCAACUCCCAUCAUGGGAUCUCCUCACAUGGCCGGUCCCGCUAUCUACCAUCCGUAUGGAGCUCAGCAGAUCAUUGAGUCUGCGAUGCAGCAGCACUUGCCCGCUAAUGGAGUCUUGCACGCCAUCUCCGUGACCUACCACGUCAGCCAGGGACCUUCCUCCGCUCAACAGAACGGCGGCCAGCAGCCUGCGCCCACCAUUUAUAACAUGACUCAACAGCUGAACACUAGCACAGGAUUUUCGCCUAGGGCGCAGGUCUUCCAGCCUGUUGUCCAGGGCCAGACUGUCAACAGUAACGGACCCAAAAUGCGUCGUGGCCUCGAGAGCUCGAGAUUUGCCACUGGAUUCUCUGGUGCCAAGUACGCGGGCUCGUUCACCGGAAUCGCGGCUGAUGAGUAG